ACCGCCAUGGGAGCCCACUCUCCCAGUCUCAUUGUCACCAGCCCCUCAUCUUCUUUUACUCCCUCUCCUUUUCCUUGUUUUUUCAUUGACGACCACAUAAAUCUUUUUCACCUUCUUCUGCACCAGACUCUUCUUGACUGUAAACAAUGUCUCUCUGUCAUUCAUUUAGUCUUCUCAAUAUUUCUUCCCCGCAGAGGCAAAGACUCAGAGCUUCUCAGUUUAUCAAGCAAAUUCAGGUAAAGUCUUUUCCUUUUGCUUUACCUGCCCAGAAUUUAUCACAGCACUAUAAGUUUGGUAGAGAAAGAAUCAAUGGCGUUUUGGCUCCAGGAGUAGCAAAUGUAGUAGCAGCCGCCUCUUCAUCUUCAUUCAGGAGUAAGAACCCAGAAGAUGUUAAUGUUUUGGUGGUGGGUUCAACUGGGUAUAUAGGAAAAUUUGUAGUCAAGGAAUUGGUUAGGAGAGGUUUUAAUGUAAUCGCCAUUGCUAGAGAGAAAAGUGGAAUUAGUGGUAGAAAUGAUAAAGAAGAAACCUUGAGUCAGUUGCAGGGAGCUAAGGUUUGCUUUUCGGAUGUUACAAGUUUGGAUUUUUUAGAGAGAUCUUUGGAGAAUUUAGGAUACCCAAUUGAUGUUGUUGUUUCAUGUCUUGCCAGUCGCACUGGUGGUGUGAAAGAUUCAUGGAAAAUUGAUUAUGAGGCAACAAAGAAUAGUCUUCUUGCUGGUAGAAAGUUUGGGGCUUCACAUUUUGUGUUGCUUUCUGCAAUAUGUGUGCAAAAACCACUACUUGAGUUUCAGCGUGCGAAGUUGAAAUUUGAGGCUGAGUUAAUGAAAGAAGCAGAAGAGGAUAGUGGGUUUACAUACAGUAUUGUGAGGCCAACUGCAUUUUUCAAAAGUUUGGGGGGUCAAGUUGAGCUGGUGAAAGAUGGGAAGCCUUAUGUAAUGUUUGGAGAUGGAAAGUUGUGUGCUUGUAAGCCGAUUAGCGAGCCAGAUUUGGCUUCCUUUAUUGCAGAUUGUGUGUUGGGUGAAGAUAAGAUUAAUCACGUAUUGCCAAUUGGUGGCCCGGGGAAGGCCUUGACACCAUUGGAGCAAGGAGAGAUGUUGUUU